AUGGCGUCUCUAACCACUUCAGAGGUCUCAGUCAAGGACAUGGAACUAAAGAGCUGCAAUGCUGCCAGCUCCGAGGGAGACAUCACCAAUACUACCAACCAGCACACAGAGAAGAUGGACGACACGAACACGAAAGAUUCACCAAUUGCAAAUGGAGAGCAAGACAGUCAGUCCAACCGCAAGAAAGUUCUGGGAGGUCGAGUCUAUAUCCUCUUCGCCGCAGUCUUUCUGUCGACCUUUCUCAUGGCCCUCAACGGCUCUAUCAUCGCAACAGCCAUUCCGAAGAUCACAACGCAUUUCAACUCUCUCAAGGACAUUGGUUGGUACGGGAGUGCGUAUCUCGUCGCAACGUGCGCUAUGCAGCCUCUUGUUGGCAGGAUCUAUACCCACUUGCCGACAAAAUAUACAUAUCUCACAUUCGCCUCCGUCUUCUCGAUCGGGUCGCUUGUCUGUGCCACCGCUCCGUCAUCGAAGGCUCUGAUUGUAGGGCGAGCAGUGCAGGGCUGUGGCGGUGCCGGCGUCGUCAAUGGGGCUUUUGCAGUCAUCGCUGCUGUGGCCUCCAAGGACGAUCGCCCAUUGCUCAUAGGUAUUGCUGUCAGUCUUACCUCGAUUGGGACUGUCAUCGGGCCCCUCGUCGGUGGCGCUCUGACGCAAGACGUGUCCUGGAGAUGGUGCUUCUAUAUCAACCUGCCGCCCAGCGGCCUCGUGAUAUGUACGCUCCUGUCGCUGCCCAUUCCAGAACAAGUCAAGAAGGAACCCGUACGCCCCAACCUCAAAGCCAUCGUCACGAAGGAACUCGACCUUGUGGGCUUCGCCAUCUUCGCCCCGGCCUGCAUCAUGUUCCUGCUCGCCCUGAUCUGGGGAGGUAACCAGUAUCGGUGGGACUCGUCCGUCAUCAUCGGCCUGUUCUGUGGUGCUUUCGGCACCUUCGCCACGUUCGCCGGCUGGGAGGUGUUCAAAGGUGAAAAGGCCAUGAUCCCGCCGGCCAUUGCCAGAAACCGGCUUGUGAUCUUCGGAUGCGUCACGUCGUUCCUGCAGAUCGGAGCGUUGUUGUCCCUCAGUUACUAUCUUCCCGUGUGGUUCCAGGUUGUCAAGGACGAGAGUCCCGUCAUGAGCGGAGUUAUGGUGCUUCCGACAGCCAUUGCGCAGGCUAUUAGCGGUGUAACGGCCGGCAAAUUAGUCCAGAUUGUUGGCUACUGCACGCCCUGGGCACUAUUCGGCUGUGUCCUGACUUCCAUCGGAUCCGGGCUGAUGACUACCUUCACCCCUUCUACCGGUGCGGGACCUUGGAUCGGGUACCAGAUACUCGCUGGCACGGGAAGGGGUUCCGUAGUGCAAAUGCCAGUCACUGCGAUUCAAAACCUCCUGCCACCAAAGCAAAUCUCCAUAGCCACCUCGCAGAUAUUCUUCUGGCAGUAUCUGGGAGGAGCGAUCUUCCUCGCUGUCGCCGAGACAAUUUUCACCAACUCCCUGAGAUCAUCACUGAAGACUUACGCUCCAGGUGUGAAUCCCGAGCUCGUCAUUGACGUUGGGGCCGCUGCAGUCCGCUCAAGUAUGUCCAGUGGCCAGCUUCCAGGUGUCCUUCGCGCCUAUAACCACGCUAUCGUAUCGACCUUCUAUCUUGCGGUGGGCGCCUCCUCAGCAGCAUUUCUCACGAGCUUCGGCAUGGGAUUCCAGAAGCUGCCCAAGAAGGAGAGCAAAAAGAAGCCAAAAGGCAACGAAGCAUAG